GUCAACAAAACCCUAAUAUAUAAGCCGUAUCAUCCCCUGCGGAAACCUAGCCUCCCCGAUAGCAGCUCUUCGUCUGGGUCGGAGUAGCGAUUAGGUAGAGGGUUUUACAAUGGCUCCAAAAGCUGACAGCACCAAAAAGGCCGACCCUAAGGCUCAAGCCUUGAAAACUGCGAAGGCAGUAAAAUCAGGUCCAACGUUUAAGAAGAAGGCGAAGAAGAUCAGGACAUCAGUCACAUUUCACCGCCCCAAGACAUUGAAGAAGGAAAGGAAUCCCAAGUAUCCACGCAUCAGUGCUACUCCAAGGAACAAGUUGGACCAUUAUCAGAUUCUCAAGUAUCCUUUGACCACUGAGUCUGCAAUGAAGAAGAUCGAGGACAACAAUACUUUGGUUUUCAUCGUCGACAUCCGAGCCGAUAAGAAGAAGAUUAAGGCCGCCGUGAAAAAGAUGUACGACAUCCAGACAAAGAAAGUAAACACCUUGAUAAGGCCUGAUGGGACUAAGAAGGCAUACGUUAGGCUGACUCCCGAUUAUGAUGCUUUGGAUGUCGCAAACAAGAUUGGAAUCAUUUAAGUUAUUAGAAUUUGUUGCUUUUUUUUUUUUGAGAGAAUUGAUUAUCUUUCGCGAUGACAUUUUUGAUUUAUGGAAUGACCUCUAUUUUCUCUAGCAAAUAGUAAGUUGUUUUUCGUUAAGCUGCUGGAAUGCUUGUUGAAAUGGUUGAAGUGCUUGAAUGUUUUAGUAGUUUUCAUCUUA